AUGUCGAGGGUUUACAUUGGAAGAUUGAGCUAUCGAGCAAGGGAAAAGGACGUCGAGAAGUUCUUCAAGGGCUAUGGGAAGAUACUUGAAGUUGACCUGAAAAACGGGUAACAAAAUUAAACGCCUCGUCUCGUGUAGCUCAGUGGUAGCUAGCAGCGUUGUGAUUGUGGCCUAGUCCUCGUAACCAGGCCCCAAGCCUCUUGAACCAGCGUUGAACGGACGUUUAUUGAAGAUUCUCAUAAAUUGCUUUAGUUUGAUGACCUAGUUAUUAUAUAUUAUUUACUUAGCUAGUUAAGAAUUUCAAAAACGGUUUGCUACAGAAGCAAAGUUGGCUAACUUGGGUUAAGGAGUUACUGCUGUAGUUAGCGUCAAGCGUGUUUUGCUAGCUAAGGUGCUAGCGCACUUCAUUGUCGUGUUUGUGUCUAGACGGAGUAGCCAUGUUGUUAGUUAACAAGCCAGCUAGCGUUAGAAAUUACUAUGGCGAUUUUUUCUUUGAAUGAAAUCGCAACCACGUGUCAGAAGAGGUAACUACAUUGACAUUUUAGUCAUUUAGCAGACGCUCUUAUCCAGAGCGACUUAGUUAGUGCAAACAUUUUUCAUACAGGCCCCCCGUGGGAAUCGAACCCACAACCCUUGCGUUGCAAACGCCAUGCUCUUAUCAACUGAGCUACACGGGACUACUAGCUAGGUAACUUUAGUUACACGUUCAUGAAAUCUUCAUAAUUAAGCUAGCUAACUAGCAUCUUCAAACAACAGUUGGGCAUGCUAAAUUGACUUAGAUAACGUUACGAUAACUAUCUUAAGUUACCCCUUAACUGGCGGCGUGUAUAUACUGUUUAUGUAACAUAGCUAAGUUAGCUACAGUAGUUUGCGUAACAGCCAACGAUAAUAGUGCAAUGCUACUGGCAUUGUCGAACUUCCAGCAACUCUCAUAUUAUGGUAUCUGGUGGACGAGACAACAUUUACAAGGCCAGUUACAAGCACUCUAGCCACCAGUAGGAAUGACAGUCAAAGUCAUUAACUAUAUACUGUAGAUGCAUGGGUCAAAGCACUGUCUUGACUAAAUAUUCUCUUAGCUAGCUAACAUUACUCUAAACUACACCAUACUUACAGGUGGAAUUAAUGUGGCCCCUCUAACACCCUGCAGCAGUAGUGGCACAUUUUAGAUCUGUGGCACAUAUGAGAAGAUUAUAAAAUAUUGCAUUAUGGUAUAUGAAAUGGUCAUUUGGGUCUGGCGUGAGUAGUUUUAACUAGUCACAUCAGUUUGAUCCCAAAUCUGUGCCCCCUCAUCUCUGGCCUAACAUCCUCUGUCUCCUAUGUGGCCCCCUCAUCUCUGGCCUAACAUACUGUCUCCUAUGUGUAAAGGUAUGGGUUUGUUGAAUUUGAUGACCCCCGCGAUGCAGAUGAUGCUGUGUAUGACCUGAAUGGGAAAGACCUGUGUGGGGAGAGGGUUAUUGUGGAGCACACAAAGGGGCCACGGCGAGAUGGCAGCUAUGGCUCAGGAGGAGGCGGUGGCGGCGGAGGUGGAAGAAGUAAGUAUACAAUGCAGUGGUGUUUUAACAUUAGUGGGGAUUUGAGAUUGAGGAGGCCAACAUGGCAGCCGCAUAGUACGUGGGAUAGGCGACUACUGCAUGACAUCUCAAGUUUGUCCUUGGUGGUUGUAGUUCAUAUAAUUGGGUUCCUUUACAUUAACAUUUUGGUUAUUUAAGAGACACUCAUAUCCAGGCCGAUGUAGUCAUCGCAUUCAUCUUAAGGUAGCUAGGUAAGACAAACACAAUUUUAUGUGUUUCAAAUAUAGUUAAACCUGCCACGUGCACCAGAUGUCGUCCAUUCUUUACCUAAGUGGUUUUACGUCUUGAGAAGAUGAGUCUGAGUGCCAUCUGUUCAAAGGCUUGUUGCUUCCUUGGUGAUAGUAGUGAUGGAAACGUAGUAAAAUAAACACAAGCAGUACCAUACUGGUUUCCAUGGUCACAGCUGGCACUGUCAUCCAUAAUCUGGGUUGUGUUUGGCUCUCUCCACGGUCCCACUACACUGUAAAAGGAUGAUUGCACCCCUUUUAUGAUUAUGACAAAUUGCGCCAAAGUUUUUCUGUUUUUAGAGGACAUUUCUACAUAAAGAUCGCUCCCAUUUGCUGUAAUUUCAACUGGUUUCAGGGAGAAGUGGUUGCCAUUGUUCUGUCCCCACUCUGUUUAAUAGGCCACACGUCGUCUCCUUAGCAUACAGGUGUGUUGGACAGGUUGCCGGUUAGGGAACCACCUUUUUUCUCUAGCGUUCACGGAGCUCGUAGUACAGACCGAGGCCUUCAUGGUACUCCACAGUAAUUGUUUGACUAAUGGGUGUAGAGAAGACAUUUUACACCCGAGUUGUUGAGGGAAUUCAAAUUACAUGCACCACUGCCACCAAUGACAUGCCGUUAUCUUGGGAGCCCGUAUGCUUGAUUGUAACUGUUACAGGGAAACAAAUGCACUUGUGUUCAUUCGCUUGAUUGAAACUGUUACAGGGGAAACAAAUGCACUUGUGUUCAUUCAAAUUGUCGGGGGAAACUAGCUUGAGAUUUACUACCGUAGAAUAUUUGCUAGGAAAAUGUUCUAAUGUGAUUUGAAUAUAAUAAAUUAACUAGCUAAUUUGUUUUGAGUAAUUUGAGAAUCUUGUGUAAUCUACUGUUUUAUUCAGGAAUAUUUUAUUUUUGUUUUAAUUAAAUGAAUGUUGAAUAAUAAAGGUAAAGAUUUAACAAAGAACCUCCAAUGUUUUAAUUAAAAGAGUCCUUUGCUGACUGCCUGCCCCUAUUGCUGGCCUGGCCAUGGUGUCCCCUUUCCAACCAAGAGUGUGGUUUGACCAUUCUGGGUCCCUGGGCAGACCAAAAAAGGGAGCCAUUGUGAAUGAAGACCGCUUGUCCCAUUAGUCCCAGGCCGGGUGGUGAGGAUGCCAUUGGGUUAGGAACAGAUGUGGGUUGAGCUCUUAUCGGUGCCUGAAACAAAUGUGAAAUGUCUAUAUAUUUAGAUGUGCUAGUUAAAAACUUAAACUUUUAGUGUCACCGUAAGUACUGUCUUCAGUCAGUCACAUAGUUUUUUUUUUUAUGUAGCUUUUCAUUUUGAUUUAAGUUCGUAUGUAGAGUUUUGUAUUCAGUUCUACCCAAACUUGAAUCAGGUAAUGAUUUAGUUGUUUAGAUCUUGUUGAAGAGAAGGGAUAGGUAAUGUCAGUGUUCUUGAUGGAAAAUGUGCAGAGUUUUCUAGACCAGAGUAAUGUACAGGUUUGAUUUUCUUUCCCUUUUUAUGGAUAGCUUAUUUUGUCUUUACCGCCCCCCCUCCAUUUUAUAAGUGGUCAUUUGUUUACAGAAUGUAGCUUGGAGUUUAGUAUUGAGGCUGUCCUCUCAGUGUGUCCCCUGCCCUAAUUGUUGCUGCUCUGUCCUUGUUACCUUGAAGGCGGGGGAGGGUAUGGGCGUGGUGGCAGAGACCGAUAUGGCCCACCAGCAAGGACAGACUAUCGGCUGAUUGUUGAGAAUCUGUCCAGCCGCUGCAGCUGGCAGGACCUGAAGGUAUGGUGACGGCGGGUUAUUCAGCAACGCUAAUGAUAACACUCUCUCUUCCUUAUGAUUUCUGCAUCCUACGUUUAAUGUUCGAAGAGAGAAAAACAUAUGAUCCUUUUCCAAUAUUUUUUUUACAUUUUACAUGUACAUUUAGUCAUAAGGUCAGUGUUGGGGUAACGCGGUAGAGUACUCUGAUAACUUUUUUUUGUUGUUGUGGUAACGAGUAACUUAAUGCGUUUUUCAAUUUAAGUAAUCUGUUGCUUAGUUACUUUUUAUAGAAGGUAAAGUAAAAAGACAAUAUUUGUACCUUAUUAAUUGCUGGUACAGCCAGUUAUAGAUUAUAGAUUACGGACGAGGCUAUGCAAUUCAAAGGUAGUAGGCACCAUCUACUGAACAUAAGAAUGAUCAACGCACACAAGAUAUCUUUAGAGGGGUUUCUGGUAAUGCAAAAGUAAUGUAAUGUGUUACUUUCCACAGUAAGUAACGUAAACAAGUUACCUCUAUUGGAAGUUAACAUAAUGAGUUUCAAAAGUAACGUUUCCAAUACUGCAUAAGAUCCAUGGCACUAUCCACUGAGUUUUUAAAACUACGGUGCCAAUAAAUCAGCACAAACUACUUUUUUUCAUUUUAUUUCUGGCGUCUUGGAGCUAAAGUUGGGUUCAUGUGUGUAUACCCUGCUAAUGACAGUACCAAAACAGAGUGAAGGAGAGCAAUGGACAAUACAGCGAACUUAGCAAGACUGGCAGUUUGUGGUUAGUGUAUGGGGGGGGCUGCCAUCUUUUGGACCUCCGCUAUUGUCAUGCUUGAGCAAACUUUUUAUGGCGAUGCAUAAAUCUCAGAUUUCCUGCAGUUUGCCCCAGACAAGUACAUAUAGAAUGCAUAUAUAUAUAGAAUGAAAACAUGUCUAACAUAUACAAUAUUAAAUGGCGUAUAUAAAUUCAAUAGGAUCUUUGGUUUUCUCACCUAAUGCCAACCUUUCCCUUCCUUCACCAGGACUACAUGAGGCAGGCGGGUGAGGUGACGUAUGCUGACACCAAUAAGGGGCGCAGGAACGAAGGGGUGAUAGAGUUCAGGCUGUACUCUGACAUGAAGAGAGCCCUGGAGAAGCUGGACGGCACCGAGGUGAACGGCAGGAAGAUCCGGCUGAUUGAGGACCGCCCGGGGGCCAAGCGCAGCAAGCGCUCCUACUCUCGCAGUCGCAGCCGCUCCCGGUAAAUAAGAAUGAGGGAGGGGGGGCGGGCUGCGUCCCAAACGGUUCUCUAUAGUGCACUACUUUUGACUAGGGCCCAUAGCGUGUCCCAUAGGGCUCUGGUCGAGAAGUGCACUAUGUAGGGAAUAGAGUGCCAUUUGGAGCACACAGACUGGCUUAUCUACAAAUCAUAAUGAGUAGUUGUAUGAAAUUAUGCAAGAUGAUUUGUAGAUCGGUCUCUUUGAUCAGGCGACUGAGUAGAAUUUCUCCUCUUAAACAUGGACUAUGUAGUCAAAGGGAUGUGGUGAUUUCAGUUGCCCCCCCCCCACCAAAUGUAUUGUUUUCCCACCAGUUCACAAUUAAGGUUCGCAAUUACAUUGGACUGCAUGUCACCCCUAACCCCUCAAGCUUCUUCAAGGUACAUGGCUUACCUUGAACAUACGUGGUCCUCCCUCUGUCCCCAGGUCUCGUUCCAGGAGCCGUAGGUCCCGAAAGAGCCGCAGCCGAAGUGAGAGCAGCAGCCGCUCCCGCUCUAGGUGAGGCCCGGAGUGCAGUCAACGUUUAACUCAUAGACCCAUACCCAAGGGUGACCCCUGACCUUUUUAAUGUCCCCCCCCCCCCCCCCAAAAAAAAAAAAAAAGAUUCCCUAUGUAGCACACUACUUUUGACCAGGGCUUGUAGGGCUUCGGUCAAUAGUAGUGCACUAUAUAGGGAAUAGGGUGCUAUUUGGAACACACACGUAGUCAUUUUUUUUUAGGGAAGUCAUUGUAGAUGUUUCUUUUGGAUACUUGUUGCACUCAAGUGACAUCAACAGUAACUUAAAAAAAAAAAUAUCUAUUUACCAAGAGCUCUUGCCUAAAUAUGGACCUUAUGUAGCUUCCCAGAUGUCCUGACAGAUGUCAUGACCAGCUAGUGCUAGGGGCGGUGGCUAUUUUUACAUUGCUGCAGUUCAAUUACGUUUUAGUUAACUGGUUGUAUGUCUGCGCCUUCCUAUUUCCCAGGGGUGCUGCCUCCCGCUCACGUAGUCGCUCCCACAGCAAGAAGGACAAGACCAAGGGCCGCAGAGAGGAGGAGCGCACCAACGGUACCCACAAGGCCAAGGAGGGGCGCGGGGGCCGAGAGGAGGGGCGCAGCAGGAGCCGCAGCAAGAGCAAAAAGAGCACCAAGAAAGAAGGGAAGAGGAACAGGAAGGAUGAGUCCAGGUCCCGUUCCCGCUCUCGUUCCAGAUCAGGAGCCAAGGAUUGCUCCAGGAAGUCCGGCUCGAAGACCCGCGAGCCGGCCAAGAGCGACGAUGAGGGAGCUGCAGCCGAGACGGGAGCCCCCCGCUCUCGCUCCCACACCCCUGCCGAAUCCAAAGCCAAAUCCAAGUCAAAGUCCAAAUCUCCAUCUCCCUCCCCGGCCAAAGCCCAUUCCCGUUCCCCCUCAGUCUCCCGCUCAGAGUCCCGCUCCAAAUCUCGCUCCGCGUCUCGUUCUCGCUCCCGCUCUCGAUCACAGUCCUGA